AUGGCUAUGAAAGAAGAGUGUAUGUUGCAGCUACUUAAUUAUUACCAGCUAUUAAUUUGGACGUACACUUUGGAGGACAAGAUUUGUGAUCUCUAUGAUAUUUUUGUUGAUGGCUUGGAUGAAAAUGCAGGUCCACAGAUCAGAAAUUUAUAUGCCGAGCUUGCAAAAUUAUGGCCAUUUGGUUACAUGGACAACCAUGGGAUCAAACAUGGAAUUUGCAGGGCAAAAGAGAGGCGCAGAGCAUCGUACACAAAAAAUAAGGCAUGUCUUUUGCAGUGA